AGUUCGGUGGUUUUCUGUGUGCAUUAAUCCUCCAGUAACUCGCGCCGCAUUACUCAGCAAAGGACGUGUUUCACCUGAUGUCGCAGGAUGAGUCACCCACCGUGCCCAACACCGAUGUAGCCAUAAUUCGUGUUACUGUGCAGAGGCUACGAGACUUUCAACUCUCAAUCGACGCCCCUAGAACAAGGCUGGAGGCAUUCCAAGGAAUCACUUCCUGGCUGCGGUCCUUGGCCAGCACUCGUCGUAAUGCCGGUUCUGGACCUCCGGAGAUGGAUCAGGCCUUGAGAAUUCUCCUGCGUUUGAGAUAUACAUGUCGAUUCGCUGACAUUAGGAAUGCGGCUGAUAACUUCCUAGCUGCUCAAAGGAAUUCUGGUAUCGCGGUCGCGGCACGUUACAUCGAUACAGAGGUCAGCAGAUUUUGCAAGAAUCCCCAUCUCGUGACGGUGCCAGCUGUGGACUGGUCGCUGUUUGACUCUUCCUCGGCUGCCAGGAUAACGCACAUAGAAUGGGCUUUAUCGACCGUGCCUCGAUUCUAUGUGAAUUACGCUAGAACUAUGGAUAUCCUCAUGUUCCAAGAGGGAGGGUUACAGCUCCACUGGAGACAUUUUAUAGCAAUGAUGGCAGCAUCAAGACACAACUGCGAGUAUCUGGUUCGGAAUCAGAUGGAACUCUUCCUUGCAUCUGGUGGUGACGUUGCUUGGCUGACGGACCCGACGACUAUCCCGACGCAGCUGAGAGCCUUACAUGACGUGAACCUCAUACUGUGUCACAAGCCCUGGGAUCUCAAACAACGCCAUAUGGAAGAUUUGCUCCAAGUUUGGUCAAAAGCCGACUUGGUGGUUGCUCUAGCUAUACUCAGUACUUUCCACACUCUCCCUGUUGUUGCAUUCGGCCUCGGUCUGGAAGUGGAACCAGACCUUCGUCUCGAGCCUGACGAAGUGUUUUUCGAUGAUCCUCCGUACGAUCCUGAUGAUGAGGGAAUGCCUAGGUAA